AUGACAGAACCAAUCAAUACUGACAAACCUCCCAGAUAUAGAUCUACUCCCCCAUCCCCGCCCACAGAGAUCGUGACGCUUUCGUCACCCGCAGCUCCUGGCUCCGUCUCCGACUUCGAGGACAUCUUCAAGAUGUCUCCCCUCAACACCGAUGCAGAGACGGAGACCGACAUCAACGCCGCUCUCUUGACAAUGUCGUUCGAGGUCCCAUUGGGACCUCUGUCCGGCUACGGCAGCGCUCCCAAACCAGCCCCCAAGUACAAGAAGCCAGCUGCUAAGCUGACCAAGCCCAUCAGUGAGCAGCCCGACUACGCGUACUUGUUCAAGGGCUAUGACGCAGAUGCUCUGGUCCUCACGGACCAGCAAAUCAACAGCCCUGGUCAGGCUGUUGAUGGGAAGCAGCAUCAUGCUGAGCCCUUGGGUCAAUCUCCCCUUUACGGGGAGACUGACUCUGAUGACGGUGACCCGUUCAUCUACGACCGCAUCACCUUCCUUCCCUCCUCCUACCACAACACUCUCGACGAGGACGUCCCCCCCUCUGUCAACAAUUCCUUCGGGUACGGAAGUACCUUCAACUCCGAACCUCCUUCUUCCCCAUCUUCAGCUGCCAACGGGCUCGACUCCGGCGACGAGGCUGAUUCUGAAGACAACAAUGAUGACGAUAACGAUUCUCACGACUCUAACGAUGACGCCGACGACGACGACAACGAUUCCAGCGAUGCCGAUGACGAUAACGAUAAUGAAGACAAAGAGGGGGAAGAGGAGCAAAACAACAACGACUUCUACAACCCCGAGGACUACUUCACCGACAACAACAACUACAACUACUCCGACAACAACGAAUCCGGAGACUCCCCCUCCCGUUGCAGCAACCUCUCCACGCACCCCUUACUCCGCCCUCCUCCCAUCUACGCCAUCGCACCGGAGUUGAUGUAUCAAACACCUCCUACAGCACCAACGAUGCUGCCCCCUGCGCCGCCCCCCACACCUCUCGCUCUACCAUCCAACGCACCACCCAUCAUCAUUCCAUUCAUCAUUCCGCCCAACAUCCAAUUCAACAACCCGCGCUCCUCCGAUCUCGAAACCCUCGAGACCCCGAACCGCGCCGUCUGA